GACCUGGGUGAGGGUCAAGGGGCUGGUGAGGGGGUUCCAACUGCCUUUAUGUAGGUGGUGCUCAACUGAACUCACUGCCUGUCACCCUCACAGGCUCAGAUCUUUAGAGUACAAUAAAAACCAAAGCCCUUGCAAUGGCCAAGGCCCUGCCUACCUAGUCCCAGUUUCCUCUCUGACCUUCCCCCACUCCAUCCCUGCUCUCCCCAACCCCAGUCACAAUGACCUCCUUUCCUUUCCUUUAAACAUGCUCAGAGUCCUUCUGGGAUUUCCCCUCUGCUUGAAAUGCUCUUCCCUCACCUCCUCAUGUCUGCUAUCUUCUCAGUGAGGCUUACCCCAACUGCCCUAUUUAAAAUCAUACCCCACCCCCUUUCCCUUGCUCUGUUUAUCCCCAUAGGCCAUACUACCUUCUGACACGCAAAUGUACUUGCUUAUUACAUUUCAUCACUGCCUGCCAGCACAGGAGCAGGAAUAUUUGUGCACCCUUGGAUAGAGAGAAUGAAUGGCUCCCCUUUGUGCUGGGUUCUCUCUGGGGCUUCAGAUACUGUUUCCAAGUGAGUUCCACAGGCAACUCAGUCCCAGUUGAAAACAACCUCCAUAUCCCAAGCUGACUCCUCCUGUGGUCUCAACUCAGCCAAGGAUCCCCUUCUCCAUUGCUCAAGCCAGAAGUCAAGACCUUGUUUGUCCUUCACACUUCUGUCUCCCCCAUAGCUCACAUCUAGUCCCAUCUCCUAAAAUAUCUAGAAUGUUCUCACUCCCACCAUUCUUUCUACCACUACUCUACUCCCUCACAGGCACUUUAGGCCCCAUCCUGUCCACUCCUCAAAAGUGUCUGCAGGCCUCACCUCUCCCACCCUGGGCUUCUCACCUCUGAUGGUGCUGCUGUUAUCCCUUAUCCAUCAGAACCACUAGAUGGAGUGAUCCAAGGUUGGAGACUGGGUUUGUAUUCUGUACCGCUGAGGCCUGGCUGGUUGAUUAGAUAAUUAAAUAAGUUGGUGAACAGGACAGUUAGUUGGCUAAGCUGCUAGAAUAAUUAGUAAGUUGAAGGGUUGGUUGGUGAGUUUAUUAGCUAUUUAGCACCUCGGUUAGCAGAUAUCUCGUGGGUAAUUAUCUGGUUUGCCGUUAGCUUCUCAGUUUGUAGGCCACUUUUCUCAGAUGCCCUUUUCUCAUUCUAUAUCCUCUCCUUGGCCUCAUCUAUGGCCAGGGAUCAGAUGAUUUGGUGGCCUCUGGAUGUGUAUCUCUAAACAAGACUACAUGACCAGCUGCCUCCUUAUAGGCCGUUUCUGCCUAAAUGUCUAGCAGGCUCUUCAAAGUUAACAUGGCCGGGACAGACUCCUCAUACUCCUGCCUAAGGCUGCAGCUUCUCUCCUGCACCUCGCUUGUCAUUCUGCUGCUCUUCCUAAACCCGAAGGUCAUCUCUUCUCUCUCCAUUCUCCUCUUCAGUUAAACCCUAAGUGUGUCAUUUUCACUGUUUUCUAAUCUCCAUGGCACCUUCUUGGCUCAGGCUGCCAUCUCUGCUCAGGCUGUCUGUGGCAGAAGCUUCCUGAUUGCUCACCACACUCCCACUCCUGCUCCCUCAUCCCAGCAUCCAUAGAGGAGGCAGUGCUCCUGCUUAAAUCUUCCACCAAACCCCAUGGCUCUCUGGGUCGAGUUCACACCCCCUAACAUGGACCAUUAGGCCUUCUGCCAUCUCUACCCACCUCAUGCCACUUUCUCUCCUCUCUCUGGCUAGCUCAUUCUUGGGGAGUUCCUCUCUACAUCACACAGUCCUUUGCUGCAAGCCUCUGCCAUGCUAUUCUGAUGCCUUGAACUUUCCCCUGCCUCCCCUGAUGCUCCUUCAUCUGGCCAGCCUUCCAUUUUUGACCUGUUUCCUUUCCUGUGGGAAACCCUCCUACCCCCACCUCUAGGUUGUUUGCUUCCUCUCUGCAAUCCAGUAGUGCCUCCCUUCACCUGUGGCAACAGUCCUCACACUUUAUAGCAAUUACUUGUUUUUCUUCCUGAGAGCAGGGAUCAUGAUAAUGUUCUUUACUACAAUGCUUGAACAUAGCAGGCAUUUGGUAGAUUUCUAGGUCAGUAGCUGAUUGGUGGUUAUUUAUUUAUUGCUUACUGUGUCCUGCCUGCCAUGUGGUGGGGAGGAUGGGGCCAGGGUUCUAAAAUUCUCUUGGUGUCCUUGGCUUCCUGCUCUGUCACUUCUCCACUACCUUUGUGGUACUUUCCCAGGACCCUCUUGGGUCCCUGCCUGGCUGGUUAUAGGGGCAAGGAGACCCCCAAAUGAUGCUGCAUGGAAGCUGGAGUUGGAUGGGAGCCAGUAAAUUGUCCAUGCAACUCUAUAUCUCCCUCCAUAUACUCAGCCCUUGAUUUAUUUCCCUGGAGUAAGGACAGAACAAGGACUGGGGUGGGUGAGAUUGAACAUAGGGUCUCAGCCAUAAAAGUGGAAGUUGUUUUAUCCAUGCCUGACUUACAUUUCUUACUCCCUCUACUUAAUCUGUGCUGCUGUGAGACCAGGGAAAUUUCAGGAAGCCCGGGGAGGAGUAGGGGGUGAUGUUGCUAUCCCUAGCAAGAUGAGGUAGCUGAGGGGCUGGUGUCAGCUUCAGGCAUUCAGCAUGGGGAGGGGCACCAGUCUGAACAAGCACUAAGGCCACACUUAAAGGUAUCUGUACCCCUCCUCUUCUUCUUUAGCCUCUAGACUCCAUCUCCUUCCCCAAACCAGAGGUCUCUACCCCACCUCCAACAGAUAAUGGGGCCUGUAACUCACUUUUUUGUCUAUCUAUCCAUCCAACCAUGCAUUUAUUAAACAAAUAUUUAUCAAGUAUCUACCAUGUGCCAGGCAUUGUAGGAAGUUCUGAGGAUCUAGUGGAGAGUAAGACAGAUGGAUUCCUCAGUUGUCAUUCAUUUGACAAUAUAUAUUGCACAACUGCUCUGCAUUUGGCACUGUGCUAGGCACUGAACAUGCCACAGGGGAGAAGAUCCGGUCCCUCCUUUCCUCUCUCCUCUCUUUCAUUUGUUCAUUCAUUCAUUCAUUCAUUCACUCACAGACGUCUGAUUGUGUUGAGCCCAUUGCAAAGGCCCGGUGCACUUUGCAGAUACUUUCACCUCUGGCAGAACCUAAUGUAUGUUUCAGGCCUCAGGGCUGUUUAUAGCACCCUGAGCAGACUUUGCUACACCGUGUGUUGUUUGUGAAGUAUCUCCCUAUUGACAGGUCCUGCCUGAUGCCUGGCCUGUGUUCCCAGAGCUUUGGCUCCUGCAGAUAGGGAGACAGAUAGAUGGACAGCUGAGCUCGACUUUUCUGCCUGCUCUCUCCCAUCUGCUUCUCCUCUGAGACUCACUGGCACCACAGAUGACACUUUUUGGCUCCCCACUGCCCUCUCUGCAAAAUGGCCUCAUUGGUGCACCCUUCCCAGGCUACAUCCCUGUGGCUCUCAGUUGUCUCUGAUCCCAGCUGUACCAGCUGACCUGGGCAAGAGGAGGUGUGUGUGGGUAACCUCUGGGUUACCCAUUAACUCAGCUAUGAGUUGAAGGGCCCAUGGGCAGUGAGUGCACUUGGGCCUCUUUCCUACCCACGGGCUUGGGCUGCUGCUCCAGGUCUACCCGCAACUCCAAGAUGGUCUCAUCACCUGUGGUAACAAAGAUGCAAGCAAUAAUGCAAAAGGAGAUGGUGCGAGAGUUCCUGGCGGAGUUCAUGAGCACAUAUGUCAUGAUGGUGUUUGGCCUUGGCUCCGUGGCCCAUAUGGUUCUAGGAGAGAAAUUUGGGAGCUACCUCAGUGUCAACUUGGGUUUUGGCUUCGGAGUCACCAUGGGAGUGCACAUGGCAGGGAACAUCUCUGGGGCCCACAUGAAUGCGGCCUUAACCUUCACCAACUGUACGCUAGGCCGCAUGUCCUGGAAGAAGUUUCCUGUAUACAUCCUGGGUCAGUUUCUGGGUUCCUUCCUGGCUUCUGCCACCAUCUACUGCCUCUUCUACUCAGCCAUUAUCCAAUUUUCGGGUGGACAUCUGACAGUGACUGGUCCCACAGCUACCGCUGGCAUUUUUGCUACCUAUCUUCCUGAGCACAUGACAUUGUGGAGGGGCUUCCUGGAUGAGGUAAUAGUGACAGGGAUACUCCAGCUAUGUCUCUUCGCCAUCACGGACAAGAAGAACAAUCCAGCACUGCAAGGGACACAGGCCCUGGUGAUUGGCAUCCUCAUUGUUGUCAUUGGAUUAUCCCUGGGCAUGAACACAGGAUAUGCCAUGAACCCAUCCCGAGACCUGCCUCCCCGCUUCUUCACUUUCAUUGCUGGCUGGGGUAUACAGGUUUUCAGGGCCAGGGACUGGUGGUGGGUGCCAGUUGUGGCACCACUCCUGGGUGCCUACUUAGGUGCCAUCGUCUACUUGGUCUUCAUUGGCUCCAGCAUCCCACGGAGGCCCCAGAUACUGGAGAACUCCAUGAACUAUGAAGACCGCAGAAUACCCGUGUUGCCCAAGACCAUGUCAAACCCACCUACGACCCUCACCCCUGUCUCUGUGUCUCCUGCCAACAGACCUUCAGUCCAGACUGUCCCACCCUUAAGUGACUCCAUCCACCUGGAGCACUUCUAAGUAAGGUGACUUGUGACCCUAUCCCCACCCCAAUAAAGAAAGCCUUGUCCCACAGCGGCACCCCCGUGUCCUGGGUGCCUCCUGUGGUUGGGCUUCCCUCCUGGAUUCUUCCAGGAACUCCAGGGUUGUGCUGCAGCCCAAGACUGCAGUAUAGAGCUGGGAGACCUCUAAUUCCUUCCAGGGUUAGGAGCUGGGGCACCCACCCUGGGGGAGGACGGAGGAAGCGCCAAACUAUGGCCCCAGUAGGAACAGGAGGAGAUUAAAGGAUGCCAGACACCGAAUGGUGGACUUUCAGGCAUAGGGUAGGGAAGGGAUGGUUUUGGGGAAAGGACAAUAGCUCUGGGGAUACCUUGAUAUGCCCUGGGAAGGACUCUAGACUCUCCCUCAGUUCUGGCUAGUUCUUGGACCAGACAAAGCAAGGUCCAAGCAUGUAGAUCAGAGUUUCUCAACCAUUUCUUUCCAUUAUUGCUCCCCUCAAAAGCCUUUUAGACAUUUUCUUUCUUAAUCACAUGAUAUUUUAAUACCACAGAUAUACUAUAUAUUGGUUUAUAUAUAUCUGUGCUUUAUACGAAAAAAGAGUAAGAUUUUUUUUCAUCUUCCCCUUCCAAGAAUCAGUGUUCUUGCCCUUGGAGGCAAAAUCAGCCCCUACCUUGAAAACGCCUAAUGUAGAUUGAAAGCAGGUAAGGGAUUGGAUUCCUCUUUUUUUCUCCUGGUGCCAGAACUCUCCUACAUGAAGGAAUUCCAGAGUCAGAAGGAAGAUGCAGAGAAGAAAGUUCUUACAAAAGGCGCAGAGACAGGAAAUGGCCUUGUGGAAUGGGAUUCAGGGGGACAGACGGAGAAGCUGGGUGGAGGUGGGGCAUCCCCACCCACUCUGGGACCAAGCAGGAAUCACCCUGCUUUCUGGGGCCCAGAAGUAGCAUCACCCAUGGUUCCUGUCAUUGUUUGUCCAUUCAGCCUUUCAACAAUUAUUGAGCACCUCCUGUGUGCAGGCCCUGCCUUGGCACUGGAAAUGCUGACGUGGAUGAGGCUGGGUCUCUGCCUUUGAGGAGUGUAGGGUAAUGAAGAUGAUUUAUCUUGAGGAAGGAGAUAAGCAUCAGAGAAGGGACUGCGGGGCUCAGAGGGGGCUCACAGCCCAGUCUCAGGGCGGGGGCCAGGGAUGGCUUCCCAGAGGAGGAGGCAGAGCAGAGUUGGGGACAGGAGUUGUCCCUUCUGGGAUUGGUUGCUGCGCUUUGUAGUUUGAGGAGAUGGAGGCAAGGAGGCUGGGCUUUAUUCUGGAGAUGGGGACGUGGUGAGAUGAGGCUUAGCAAGCCUGCCUGAGCUGCAGGGUGCAAGCUGCUGGGAAAGGGGGAGAUCGGAGCCUGCAAGGGAGUGUGGUGAGAGGCAAUAAUCCAGGAGGAGCAGCAGAUGGGAGAAAGGGGAUUUGAGAAAUACUGAGGUAGAGGCCAUAAGACCUUGGGCUAGCACUGGGAGAAGGAGUGGGUAAGGACGCAGCAGGAGUCAGGGCUGACUUCAGUUUCUGGCUUGGGCCUGGGGCAUUGGAGAUGUGCCCCCUGUGAGUGCGCAUGGGAGACAGACUGGUUUGGAGAGGAAGAUAAGUUACAUUGUGACAUGUUGAAUUUGAGUUGCCUAUGAGACCUGGAGGCAAGAAUUGUGUAUCUUGAGCAAGUUACUCAACCUCUCUGGGCCUCUGUUUUCUCCUUUGUAAAAUGGGUCUAAUAUAACUUACCAUUUGCGUUGCUGUGAAUAUUCAAUGAAAUAAAACAUGUACAUUGUUGAGAAUAGUGCUUGGCAUGGAGUAAGUGCUCAAUAAACAGGUAUGCCUUUUAAUA